CUUGCCCAUCCCAUCAUGCAAGGGGGUUAAAUUACUGGCUCGAGAUAAGUUAAAUUUCAAUCUAGAGAGCCCAUCACGAGAGGAAGUGUUCAUAAGUAAUUACUUCCGUCGGCAGAAUCAGUUAUCUAACAUGGGCUUCCGAUCAGCAAGUCACAAACCUUACAUGGGAAUAGGCGAUCCUUUCUACCUCGAUGAGAAAAAGAUGAUACUGCAUGCACUUGGCCAGUGGACCGAGGAACAUGCAAGUUCAUCCAGCAGUUCUGAUGAGUCGGAUGAAGAGGAAGAAAAGAAAGAUACAGCUCCUAAACCUGCUUUCACUGCGGCAAAGUUUGUAUUACGGAGAUCAAGGAAAGAUUUAAAUACUCUAAACAAGGCUGUUGUACAUGGAAGGAACAUGAUCAGAAAUGUGAGCCUCGGACAUGGUCUGUUUGAUUUGAUAGACAAAGAGAAACAGCAUAAAAAAGAAGCAUCUGAGGAGGCUAUAAGAAAACGUAGAGAACAGUUACGCAAUGAAUUUCAGCCACCAAAAACGGAGAGCGACGAUGAUACGGAUGAUGAUAUGAACAGUGAUGUAGAUCUAGCAAAAAUGGCACUUGCUGAACAUGAGGAGGAAUAUCAGCGUGCUCGCUCUGCCAUGGUGACGUCAGAGAUGACAUCAUACUCCCGCCCUGUCAGCAGACGUAAAAAGAAGCAAGAGACUCCCCGCCCUUAUACGCCGCAGCAUACGAAUCUGUCCGCAAAUAUAUCAAUGCGUGAAUCUGUAGCCGACAGCGAGCCAGAUUUGGAUAUCACUAGGGAUGCAUUGUUUCGACAACUGUGUGUUUUACAUUGGAUUUUGGAAGCUAUGAGCACAGACCCCCCAUCACCGAUGACACCUAUUAUGUCCUGCUGGAGUUUAAC